CUCUAAAAUGUAUUUUUCUCUUGUUUCUAGCUAAAAUAUCUCCUUUCCUGUAAUGUCACAGCAACGUGUCCUCCCUCAGAGUAAAGAAACCCUUCUUCAGUCCUUUAAUAAAAGGCUGAAAGAUGAUAUCAAGUCCAUCAUGGAUAACUUCACAGAGAUCAUCAAAACUGCAAAGAUUGAAGAAGAAACUCAGGUGUCUCGGGCAACCCAAGGCGAGCAAGACAACUAUGAGAUGCACGUCAGAGCAGCAAACAUUGUCCGAGCCGGGGAGUCGCUUAUGAAGCUCGUCUCUGACCUGAAGCAGUUCCUGAUCCUCAACGACUUCCCCUCCGUCAACGAGGCCAUCAACCAGCGUAACCAACAGCUGCGCGGCCUGCAGGAGGAGUGUGACAAGAAGCUGAUCGCGCUGCGUGAUGAGAUCUCCAUUGACCUCUAUGAGUUGGAAGAAGAAUAUUACUCUUCCAGCUACAGCCUGUGUGAUGGCAACGACCUUCCGCUGUGCGAGGCCUACUGGAGACAAGAACCUGCCGGGGGCUCCCCUGAAGGCCUCCCCCUGCCUCUGGCGGCUGCCAUGAUGGAGCAGAGCAUCCCAGCCCCGCAGGGGCCCACCCCCUUGCACCCUCACGUCAACGGACACGGAGCGGCCCCCACGGAGCUUGCCUGAAAGGGGCCCCCUGUGUGCUGCUGCCUGGCUGCACUCUGAGGCGGGAAGGUUUCAGUUUUUGUAUUGAGCCCAGCAGCUUCUGGCUUGCAGGGGGUCUGCUGCAUUCGCUGGAAACCGCCCUGAGCUGCAUCUCACAAAACAGCAGAGGAAACCGGAAGGGAGACGAGCUACUUAGAAGCAAAGGAGCUGGUAAUUUGGAUAGGACACUGGCCUCAUUGGGAGUGGAACAUCUGGGUUUGAGCCAGUUUACUAUGACAGUCAGGGACUAUUUCUCUGGGUCGGCAUUUUGGUCUGCAGUAGAAGAGCUCAAGUUCAGGAGCACCUGAGAGACCAACAGGAUUCUGGGAGGGGCGGGUACAGACCUGCGAGAGUCAAAGCUCCCUUUGUGUCUUGUGCCUGCCCAAGGGAGUGCUGGCUCUAAAAAAGCUUGCGCCCUGAAAGUCUGGCUGCUCUCUGAGAGACUUCUGGCCUCAAAACCCGCUGUUCUCUUUUGAUAGAAUUCCUCUUUGAAAAAUAGAUGUUCAUAGAGCAGGAUGCUUGUAUUACCUCAGUAGGGAUUUGGGGGCGGGUUUUUAUAUUGUACAAGCAUUUUAUUCUCUGGACCCUAAGGGAAUUAAGCUUCAUGAAUAUCUGCUUCCUUACCUGUU